AUGUGGACGGUGGACGCUCUGCACCUGUCCAGCCACAGCUUGAAUUUGUGCAGAGGAAACAUGACAGGUGACAUGGGAUACGCUGUGAACCAAAAGAACCUCCAUCACCCCGGGGCACGCAACAAGCCGGCUGCCUUCGAUGCCGCCAAGCGGUACAUCUACCAGCAGGUGCUGCAGAGCCCGAUGGCAGAAAUUCUUCGCAAGUUCAAUGCCGAUGAUAUGGAGCUCUACGAGCAUGGCCGUCGUCUCUUCGAGUCCCAGAAGCGGGCCGUGCCACAGGUAAAGAGCCUGGCUUCAACGGACCUCAGCUCUUCCGUGUGGGUGCAGUAUCAUCACGAGCUCAAUGCCACGAGCGGUGUUGCGCAGAGUCAAAAGCGAUUGGCCGACCGUCACGGGGACAUCCGGGCCUUUCGAGAAGUGACGGGUCACGAGGAGGUGCGAUUCUUCCGAGAGGCAAUCAAAGCCCAGGCGAAGGCUCAACAGCUUCUUGGGGUAUACUUUAACCAGGAGCCCGUCUCAGGUGUUGGCCGCACAGCGGAGGAGUUGGACGACGGCUGGGAUGGUGUUGACCACACAGCUGAAGAGUUGGAUGAAGGUUGGGGUGGCAUGAUCGUAUCCGUCGAGGAGUUGGAGAUGCCUUCGAAGAGCGCCGAUGCCUGUAAAGGCCCCGCUACUACCAACGGGCACUCGCUGCUGGCGCAACUUCAGUCGGACAUGGAGUGUGUCUUCAAGCGCCUGGAGGUUGUCGAGGCACAGCUGGGCCUCUCUGAGAAGCUGCACAUGGAAAAAGUUGGGAAUGAGGUUGUCGAUGACGCCAAAGCGUUCAACCAGGAUGUGCAGGUUUUGGAGGUGAGCGAUGCUUUCAAAGCUGCCAAUCCGGGUGUGACUGGUGCAGAGACUGCAGCACAAGCAAAGACUGGGUUUUGGAAGCGAAGAUUUGAUGAGUUUCGCUUUUCCACUACAACAACGUUUUCUGAAGUCGAGUUCGAGCAAAGUGUUUGGAGCAUUCCCAUCGUUUCUGGAUUGACGGAUGUUGGCUGGUUCGACCGGCUGUUUGCCAUCAUGUUGGUUUUACUGAACUUGGGUAUGCAAGGUGCCUUCUCCUGGAUUCUGCUCACCGACGCCUUCAUCGGUGAAGCCUUUGAGGCCAAGGUGGAUAGCGCGAAGGUCUGGCGGACAAGCAUUGCCCACGACCACAAGUACACCGAUUUUGCAGACACCAGCUUGGUGUCCAGAGUUUGCGCUGGAGAUGGUGCGCUGAUUCUAUCCACCAUACAGGCAACUCUCGUGACUCACAUCAAUUCCUACCUCGGGCUCCAGGAGCGGGACUUCGCGGGAUCGAUCUUCAAGCCCGGUGUUCUUCUUUGUAUGCUUUGCAUUCUGCUUUGGGCUUUGUGUGUCUACAAGGAAUAUCGACGAGUUUUUUUGGAGGUGGAGGCUGCUAUCGGCAUCCCCAAAUCGCGGAGAACUGUCUUCCGCCAGAAUGCUUUCGUGAGUAUAUCAUGGGGCCGCUUCCUCAUGCUGCUGGUAACAUCGUUGGCAAGAGCCCUUAUCGCUUCCGUCCUCCUGUUUGCUGGCAUCCUGUGGUUGGCACGCACGACAUCAAUACAGGAACUUAUGUUGAAUGCUGUCGCCCUGAACGCCAUCCUGGAUGUCGAUGAGUUCCUUUUUGCAGGUAUGGUGCCCAUCAAGACCCAGCACUUUAUAAAGGAGCUCCAACCCAUCCACGUGAAGUAUAGCCGGAUUCGAAGUCAGUUCGAAACCCUGUUCCAUUGUAUCUCGCUGCUGCUGCUUGUAUUCACAUCCUAUUUCCUCCUGUUGUCACCUCUGAGUGACACCAUGCUGAAUGUGAAGCAGGAGCUCUGCGGCGGCAACCAGACCUUCGUAGCUGCAUUCAACCCAGAUACACAGUUUACCUUCGGGAAGGUCACAGCUGAUUCCCGCUCUGCACGGGACCUCUCUACCACGGAAAUGGCGGUUCAAGCCCAGGUGAUGGCUGGACCACUCGAUCGAAGUAGACUAUUAAGGUUUUCACCUACUGUGGAUCAGUUUCAGGAAGAUGCUGCGCGGACUAUGAAAGAGGAAGCUACUUUGUAUCCCUUUUGCACGGAAACGAUGAUCCUCGGCGGCUACUGGUCUCUUCACCUACUUAGAAGCUUAGGUAGCCUUUUACCGUUCGGGGUUUAUACAAUCCUAGGGUAG